AUGUCUGGUACCGCCAUACCUCUGAAGGCUCGGCUUUCUUACAAGGAGCAAAUGAAUGUGUGCCCCACCCAGACUCUACUUCAGCAAAAAGCAGGCAAAGUACACCUAAUUUACUAUCAUCUAUUUGCCAAUGAAAACAAUGACGAAGUCUUUAAAGAACCUUACAGAAGACAAUUAACGUUCGAAGAUGAUAGGCCUGUCGAGACAGCAUAUGUCGUCUGUAUUAAUGGCGGCUGCACGUUCUUUUCGCCCAGGUUAGCCUUUACGGAGGUCCAAUUGCGUCCUAUGGAUACAGACAGCCUUUUCCUAUCGACUGUCAGUCGCUCUGCUAUGCGUAAAGAGGAGAAAUCCGGGCGUCGAUCAGAGAAAGAAGAAUCAUUAAGCAAGUUCUAUCGGUAUCAGCCCGCACCUCAGGCGAGUAUUAACACAUUCUAUAACUGCGGUGAAGCCGCCAGAUACUCUGGCAUCUACCUCAAAGGCCUGUUGCAACGAUGUCACCUCCAUGACUGUGGAGUUCGAAAAGUUCCAUCUUGUGUUAAUAAGAUAGUAUUCUCGCCCUUCGAGAUUAUUCUCAUUACAACAGUGAACAGCAAGCACUGGCUCAAAUGGAAGAUGUGGCGAGCUCAUCUCGAUAGCGCUUAUGUCGCGAACCUCUUCGACUUCCAGGGUCGCAUCGGGACAACUUUUGAAUCCAAAAGUGUUACCAAUAAUAACGGUUGGCGUUUACUUCACCGUAUGAACGCUCUCACGUCCUGA